CGUGGCAAGCUGCAGGUGAGCGCAGAGCUCAUCAGCAGCGGUGACCACGCAGAGCUCAUCAGCAGAGGUGACUAUGAUGGAGUCCCAGAAUCGCAAAAGAGCUCCAGCAUGAACCGAACGGAAGGUACGGGAUCUGAUUGCUGUAUGGGGAGAGGAAUCCGUGCUAUCAGAACUACGUUCCAGUUUUCGAAAUGCCAAAACAUUUGUCAAAAUCUCCCAGGGCAUGAAGGACAGAGGCCACAACAGGGACCUGAGAGGCAAGCCUACCAGAAAACCAGAGAGGCAAACAGCCGCUCCAGGUCAGAGCCCCAAACAUGCCGCUUCUAUGAUGAGCUGCAUUCCAUUUUAGGGGGUUCAGCAACCACUACCCCAGCUGUGUUGUUUGACUCCUUCAAUGGAGAUGGAGGCAACACGGAAGCAGGCUUUGGGGAUGAGGAAGAUGAUGAUGAGGAGGAGGAAGAGGUUGUAGAUAGCUCACAGCAAGCAAGCGGAGAAACCAGUUUUCCCGACAGCCAGGAACUCUUUCUCACCCUGGAGCCGGAGCCAGUACCCCCCGAACCCACCCAAGGCUGCCUCCCGGACCCGCCAGGCAGAGAAGGGACCUCUGCUGCAUGUGUUUCAAGGAUCACAGGAUCUUCUCCUUCCCAGAGGCUAGUGAAGAUUAGAAGGCGAAAAAACGCACUCGCGAUGAAAUGGUCUCUGAGCUCAUGCCUGCCUCCCACACUGACAGAGCACAGAUGAAUGCGUGGAGGCAAACAAUGUCAGAGUGCAGGAAAGCACAAAAUGACCGGGAGGAGAGGUGGCGGGCUGAGGAGAGGGCUGAAGCUGAAAGGUGGCGGCAGCGUGAUGAGAGGAGGCAGGAUUCAGUGCUGAGGCUGCUGGAGGAUCAAACUAAUAUGCUCCAGCAUAUGGCUGAGCUGCAGGAAAGGCAGCUGGAGCACAGACCGCUGCUACAGCCCCUGUGUAACCAACCGCCCUCCUCCCCAAGUUCCAUAGCCUCCUCACCCAGACGCCCAAGAACGCGGUGGGGGCGGGCCUCCGGCCACCCAGCCACUCCACCCCAGAGGAUUGCCCAAGCAACAGAAGGCUGGCAUUCAAUAAGUUUUAAACUUUUAAAGUGCUGUGUGGCCUUGUCCUUCCCUCCUCCACCACCCCUCCUGGUGCUUCUCUCCUUCACCACCCCUCCCGGGCUACCUUGGCAGUUAUCCCCCUAUUUGUGUGAUGAAUGAAUAA